GGCUUAUAGAGGCUUAAGUUAUUUUCAGUGUACAUAUUGUACACACACAUUUUCUUUCUCCUAUAGGCUCAACAUAGCUUAAAAUAUUCUGACAUUUAGUUCCCUCAAUUUAUAUUUUUCUAAUGCUCCAUUAACUUAAACUGAACAAUUAAAACAAAGUAGCAACCAAAUAUCAGCUACAGAGAAAGACAAUUUCUCUUACACAUACACACACAUAUCCAUUUAACAGAAAACUAGUACUAGAGGCAAAAUAACAUUGAAAGAAUAGAGCUAGGUUCCCACAUCACAAAACAAAAGAGUAGUUUAACCUGGUUCAGCAAACUUUUCUUAAGGUAAAGGUAAAGGUUUUCCCCUGACAUUAAGUCCAGUCAUGACUGACUCUGGGGGUUGGUGCUCAUCUCCAUUUCUAAGCCGAAGAGCAGGGUUGUCCAUAGACACCUCCAAGACUAUGAGGCCGGCUUGACUGCAUGGAGUGCUGUUACCUUCCCGCCGGAGCGGUACUUAUUGAUCUACUCACAUUCGCAUGUUUUUGAACCGCUAUGUUGGCAGAAGCUAGGGUUAACAGAGGAAGCUCAUCCCGCUCCCCAGAUUCGAACUGCCGACCUUUCAGUCAGCAAGUUCAGCAGCUCAGCAGUUUAACCCGCCAUGCCACUGGGGGCUCCUAAAACUUUUCUUAAAAACUAAAAAGAUGUGUCUAUGAAAUAACAGGUGCUGUGUAUAAGUUUUCCAUAAGUAAACAAAAAUAUUUUGAGCCUUUUGAAGACUUUUCUUUAUUUUUAAUUCCAUCGGUGUCUUAUUGUGAGUUUUGGUGACCUGACAUAAGAGAUGUAUUCUUUCUUUUAACCUCCUGGUGUUAGCUGGCAGUGCAAGUUUACUUGUUCUGUCCUUUUCUCUUUGUUUUGCUGUUCACACAUGUUCAGAAAGGACUCUAGAGGCAACUGCUAUUUAUCCACUUGUAGGUAAGCAGACAGGCGCUACAGUAAACUGAUAACAGUACAAUCCCACUUUCCCCGUUCAAGUUUUUAUUGUAUUUUUUUUAAAACUGCAAACGUGCAGUUACAAACUCGCCAGCCCUCUGCCAUCCUCCCAGUGUCGAUGCUUCUAAAAAUAGGCGUAACUAGACAGAGGAGGAGAAAGGGGAAGAAAAGAAAGCUGAGAUUCACCUUUAUGAAAAAGAGCUUCAGUGCCACAGGCUUUGUAAGAGACUGAAUGAGGCAUAGUAAUUGUUUUCAUGUAAAAGGAGCUCCUCAAUCUCUUUGAUGUUACUUUUUUAAAAAUGAACACUUAAAAUUGAUACAAGACUGCACAGAAAUCCCCCACAGAUUGGCAUUCAUUCUCUGAGAUGCUCGCUAUGUUCCUUUAAUUUGUCUACUGAAUCCUGAUUUGUUUGCCAACUUGAUGCCUAUCUGAUGUAUUGAAAACAAAAAAAGUGUUGACACAUAUCUUGGCAAAAGGUAUCUACCCCAUGCACUGCUGAACUGUAUGGAUGGAACAAAGGCUCAAAGGCUCUGGUGCAAUAUUAACGGGAUGAAAUAUUUCCUAAAGAUUACAUCUAGUUUCCAAAGGAGGAGAACAUUUAUAGGCAUUGCAUAACACAGGCAGAAUUAGUAUAGUGUAAUUAUUGUAUAGUAUAAUUAUAACAAGAAAACAAGUGUUCUUUCAAUGAAACAUCUGAUGGAAGAUUAUGGAGUUGUGGUUCUCAUUGUGGAAACAGUCAAAACAGGAAGAAGGCAAGUUUCAUUCUGACAAAGCCACAUACCUAUAGAGGUGAGCUUCCACCAAACUCCAAUGAUGGUGUCUGUUUCUGACAUUUCCAUGAAGAAUGUGGAGCCUGCUCGGAGUCACGUUAUCUACAAGAAAGUGUCACAUGACAAAGCUGUAACACUCUACCUAGGGAAGCGAGAUUUCAUUGACCAUGUAGAAGAUGUGGAACCUGUGGAUGGUGUGGUGAUGGUGGAUCCUGAUAUUGUCAAGAACAAAAAAGUGUUUGUAACACUCACUUGUGCCUUCCGAUAUGGAGAUGAAGAUAUUGAUAUUAUAGGCCUGACCUUUCGAAGGGACCUAUACAUUUCUAGGGUUCAGGUAUACCCAUCCCUAGAAAAACACAUGCCACUCUCCAGCUUGCAGGAAUGCCUAAUAAAUAAAUUGGGGAAGAAUGCCUAUCCCUUCAUGUUAACGUUUCCAGACUAUUUGCCUUGUUCAGUCUGCUUGCAGCCAGGUCUGCGUGAUCAUGGGAAGUGCUGUGGAGUAGAUUUUGAGAUCAAAGCAUUUGCUGCAGAUGAUCCAGAAGAGACAGUUCUCAAAAGGAAUUCAGUGCGUUUGAUGAUCCGUAAAAUCCAGUAUGCCCCAGAAGUGCCGGGAUCCCAACCCCAAGCAGAGACCAGCUGGCAGUUUUUCUUGUCAAAGAGACCACUGCAUUUGAAAGCAUCCCUCAGCAAAGAGGUGUAUUACCAUGGUGAGGCAAUCCCUGUCACCUUGACUGUGAUCAACAAUACAGAAAAAGUGGUUAAGAAGAUUAGUAUUUCGGUGGAGCAAGUUGCCAAUGUGGUAUUGUAUUGCAGUGACUUCUACACCAAAACAGUGGCUCUUGAAGAAGUAGAGGAAAAAAUAGAGCCAAACUGCAUUCUGACAAAGACGAUCACAGUUCUGCCCCGGCUGGCAAGCAAUAGAACCAAAAAAGGCAUAGCCCUGGAUGGGAAGAUAAAGGAUGAAGACGCCAACUUGGCUUCCAGUACCAUAAUUAAAGAAGGAAUAGAUAAGACUGUUAUGGGGAUACUGGUUGCUUACAAGAUAAAACUGAAGCUGACAGUCUCGGGGCUGCUAGAUUUCGUCUCCAGUGAGGUGAGUAUGGAAUUGCCCUUCCGUCUAAUGCACCCAAAGCGAGAGGAGAUCAAUCCUACAGAUUAAAGGGAAGCUGCAAGCAGCCUCCAUCAUCACGUGACCUGGUGUUUGAAGAUUUUGCUCGCCAGCAGCUGAACGAUGAGAACUCUGAAGAAGAUGAUAAAGCGGACCCUUCAAAUGAUGAUUAAAAGAAAAAAGAAGAACAAACCAGUCAGGAAAGUCACAAAAUGUACAGCAAAGACAGUAGAAAAUAAUUGUAUUUUAACUCAAGAGGUUUUUAAAAUGCUAAAUAAUAGUGCUUGUUUUUAUUUAUUGUUUGAAAAAAGAAAAUUAAUAAACUGGGCUGGUGUUAUUUUAAAAUAUAAAAUAAAGCUUUUCAGAAGCAUCUAGCUGCAUUAAGAAUCGUUCCAAUUAAUUUUUCUAGCAAAUAAACAACUGUCUUGCACAACGUUCUCAUGUAUGUGAAAUCAAGGGUCAGGACAUCCUUCCUGUGUAGUUAAAAAUUCCCCUUCUGCUUGCCUGGAUUUGAAAAGGGAAGUACUUGAAACAAUUCUCUGGCUGCUUCUUGCAUGGUUUUUUGUGUGUUCAAUAAAAUUGUGAUGUAAAUCAA